CCAACAACUCUGACCACAAGACUACCUUGCGAGUGAACUUUCUUUGAAACCAGAUCUGCGUAAUACAUGAAUCCAAUACAAACACCUGCUAUUCAUGGAGAAUAAAAGCCUGAAAUGUAAGAUGCCUAACAUGAUCUGUUUGGAAAACAAAAUGGCGGCCGCACACUUGAGUCUGGCAGAGGGUAUCCGUGAAGAACUGACCUGCAGCAUCUGCCUGGAGCUGUUCACCAGGCCCAAGGUGCUGCCAUGUGGACACACCUUCUGUCAGGACUGUCUACAGGACCUUGCAAGCAGGCAAGUGCCUUUACAGUGCCCGUGCUGUCGUCGGCAGGUAAGGCUGCCACCCCAUGGCCAGGGGGUCGCAGGUUUGCCAGACAGUCAUAUCAUAGCCAAUAUGUGUGGGAGACUCAGACAGCAGACUUCACUGUCGGGGGAAACAAGGGAACAACCCCAGUCUGGAAACAGGUGCAGCUUUCACCCAUCCACGGUGCUCAAACUAUACUGUAAACAAUGUCAGGUUCCAGUUUGUGAACAGUGUUUAGAAGAGGCUCAUGAUGAUCAUCGAACAACAACCAUCAAAAAAGCUGCACAGCAAAGGAUUUCAACAGUCCAGACCUUGAUGAAGGAAGGGAGAAACAUUAUGGAAAGUUACUUAAGCUUUCUCAGAAGUCUGAGGGAAGAAGAGAAAGCCCUGAAUGAAACAAAACGGCAGACAGACAACAGCAUCAUUCAAGCUUACAACCAAAUGAUGCAGAAACUCACAGACAGAAAAAAUCACCUCUUGUCUGAAACAGGAGGAAAACACAAGAAAAACUUGGACAGAAUACAGACUGAAAAGGACAGAGUGUUGCUUGAUGUCAAUGAACUGUUUGCUGCCUGUGAUCGAGCAGAACAAGAACUGCAGCAGGGAUGGGUUGAGUUUCUGAGUCAGCAAACCACUUUGACAGAGGUGGUAGGAAAGUACAGAAGAAAAGCAGCACCAACUCCUGUACAAACCCAGCCUGCUGUCUUUCGGCCCACAGACACCCCAGUACCAGUAUUGGGACAUGUGGAGGUCCAGUCUCUCCCAAUGACACCAAUCCCAUCAGCACCUGAACCAAUCCCAUCAGCACCUGCACCAAUCCUUGCAGCACCCGCACCGAUCCCAGUAGCACCUGCAUCUAGUAAUGAUGCAGUAGGGUACAGAGGCCAUCACCAUGGUAACCAAAGUCAAGGUGGGCAUCAGCCUCAGAAGGUGACAUUUGGAGGACUGGGAUCAGGACCAGGACAAUUCGAUUGUCCACGUGGUGUUACUGUUUCAGAUAAAGGGGAGAUGUUUGUAGCAGACUGUGGGAACCAGAGAAUCCAAGUCUUCACCCUGCAGGGAACAUAUGUCAGACAGGUCCCAACAUUCAUGUCAGGUAAAGAGAAGAUAUACCCACAUGAUGUGACCAUGGAUGGAGAGGGGAACCUGUGGAUGGUGGGAAUUAUUGACAUUAACAAUGAUGAAUUUGCGGUGCAGUACAACAGACAGGGCGAGGUGCUGAGGAAGUUUCACCUUGAGAAGACAGGGUGGAGCAGAGGAGUUUCCGUGGACACCAGGAGGAACCACAUCCUCAUCACACAAACCACAGGAGACUGGUCCCACCCACAUGGUAUAGUUUUGGUAUUCAGGCCAGAUGGGACACUUGUGAGAACUGUGGGUAAGCAGCAGGGGAUGGAGUACCCAUGGUACAUCACUGUGAGUGGGGAAGGGAACAUUCUUGUUUCUGACUGGGACAAUCACCGUGUCUAUGUGUUCAAUGAGGAUGGAAAGUUUCUGUUCAAGUUUGGAUUUGAGGGAAGUGCUGAAGGUCAGCUGUACAAUCCCCAAGGCAUCUGUACAGACAGGGCAGGUAACAUCAUCGUGGCAGACAGUGGAAACAGGCGUGUGGAAAUGUUUGACAAGAAAGGAAAAUUCCUCAAACACAUCACUUCAGAUAUGAAGAAGCCACUGGCUGUAUCCAUGGCAACACAGGGGCAGCUGGUCGUAAUUGAUAUCCAAGAGAACAUAGUAAACAUAUUUCAGAACAUCUGAGUGAGGUAACAAUCAAACUUAACGCUCUGUAAACUUACGUUGACGUACAAACUUAAACAUUGUAAUGAAAGAAAUUACAGUUUAUAGAG